UGACAUUGGCACCUCUCUCACAAAUAGAGGCUCUCUAGGAUCGAUUUGCGGUUGCGGACUCCGCAUCCGCAGUCUGGUCUCUUCGCAGAGUGAAGGUCAACCCGGUCAGCACGCUGUGGUACCCCUCGUCAGUCUUCAAGGCGAUAAGAACAAGUGUCAACUUAGCUCGUCACUACAGUUCAUUCAAAAUGCCGAUCAAGAGCAUCAAGGCCCGUAACAUCUUUGACUCCCGUGGCAACCCCACUGUUGAGGUUGACUUGGUGACUGAGCUUGGUCUCUUCCGUGCUGCCGUACCCUCUGGUGCUUCCACUGGUGUUCAUGAGGCUCUUGAGCUCCGUGACAAUGACAAGUCCCAGUACCACGGAAAGAGUGUCCAGAAGGCCAUUGACAAUGUCAACAACCUUAUCGCCCCUGAACUCAUCAAGGCUGGUCUGGAAGUUACCCAGCAGAAGGAAAUCGAUCAGCUUAUGCUGAAGCUUGAUGGAACUGAAAACAAGUCCAAGUUGGGUGCCAAUGCCAUCCUUGGAGUGUCCCUUGCUGUUUGCAAGGCUGGUGCUGCCAAGAAGGGAGUUCCUCUGUACAAGCACAUCGCUGACCUUGCUGGCAACAGCACCAUCGUCCUUCCCACACCUGCCUUCAAUGUCAUCAAUGGAGGUUCUCAUGCUGGCAAUAAACUGGCCAUGCAGGAGUUCAUGAUCCUUCCCACUGGUGCUUCCUCUUUCAAGGAGGCUAUGAAGAUGGGCUCUGAGGUGUACCACCACCUCAAGAACAUCAUCAAGGCCAAGUUCGGUCUUGACUCCACCGCUGUUGGUGAUGAGGGUGGCUUUGCUCCCAACAUCCUGAACAACAAGGAGGGUCUGACACUCAUCAUUGAUGCCAUUGCCAAGGCUGGUUACACCGGCAAGGUUGAGAUUGGCAUGGAUGUGGCAGCAUCUGAGUUCUACAAGGAUGGCCAGUAUGACCUGGACUUCAAGAACCCCAACUCUGACAAGAGCCAGUGGCUGUCUGGCGAGAAGCUCACUGACCUGUACAUGGAGUUCAUCAAGGAGUUCCCUAUGGUUUCCAUUGAAGAUCCCUUCGACCAGGACCACUGGGAUGCCUGGACCAACAUCACUGCCAAGACUUCCAUCCAGAUUGUGGGUGAUGACUUGACUGUGACCAACCCCAAGCGUAUCCAGAUGGCUGUUGACAAGAAGGCUUGCAACUGCCUGCUCCUCAAGGUGAACCAAAUCGGCUCUGUCACAGAGUCCAUUGAGGCCCACCUCCUCGCCAAGAAGAAUGGUUGGGGCACCAUGGUCUCUCACCGAUCUGGAGAGACUGAAGACACCUUCAUUGCUGACCUGGUCGUUGGUCUCAGCACAGGACAGAUCAAGACUGGUGCUCCCUGCCGUUCCGAGCGUUUGGCCAAGUACAACCAGAUCCUCCGCAUUGAAGAGGAACUGGGUGCUGGAGCGAAGUAUGCUGGCAAGAACUUCCGCAAGCCCAUCUAAAUUAAGUUUUACAAAUUACCUUUUUUUUUCUUUUUUUUUUUGUCUGAGAGAGGUUUACAGGCCUCUUAGAUCUGUACACAUGGAGUCAUUCUGUUGUAUGUUAAGUAUUGAAGCUUCAUUUCCUAGAGAAAAUUUAGAAGCAAUUGUUUAUGUUUUUUAGAUAAUUUUAUUUUUAAAGUGUUUUACUGCCAAAUUGUUACAUUUCCAAACCAUGAUUAUAUUUUUCUCCUGUGGGAGAAAUGAAACUAGUCUCUUAAUUGCUGUUAUAAUUGGUGUGAUGAGCACAUGUACUCAUUAAAGAUCUAUACCAGAUA